AUGGUGUUUAAACACGUUCUCAAAUGGAAGCGAGGCUAUUCAUCGCAGUCAGCGAUUUCUAGAGUGAAAAACGUGGGGAUUAUAGCCCAUAUAGAUGCCGGAAAGACGACUACAACUGAAAGAAUGCUUUAUUACUCAGGCAAAAUUAAAAGGAUCGGGAACGUUGAUGAGGGCGAUACUACGACGGAUUUUUUACCGCAGGAGAAACAACGAGGAAUUACAAUUCAAAGUGCUGCAGUUUCUUUUAAUUGGCAUGCAAACAAUAAGAUUAAUUUAAUUGAUACACCGGGCCACGCAGAUUUUACCUUUGAAGUCAUACGAUCGCUCAAAGUGUUGGACGGUUGUAUAACGAUAUUUGAUGCAGUCGCAGGUGUUGAGGCGCAGACGGAGAAAGUUUGGAAACAAGCGAGAAAUAUUCCCAAAAUUUGUUUUAUUAACAAGAUGGACAGAAUUGGUGCGGGGUUUAGUCGGACUGUUAAAGAAUUGAUGGUUAAAAUGAGUACCAGGGUGCUGUUGUUAAAUGUACCUGUAUUUAGGUUUGACGCGGCAGCGAAGAUUUCGGUUUUUGAAGGAGUCCUUGACGUUUUGAACCAGAAAGUGUUGAAAUGGAGCCCAGACGACCCAGACAAAAUUCUUGUCGGCGACUCAGAUGUGGGAAACGAAUAUAGGGAUGAACUUAUGAAAUGUAGGGAGUCCCUCGUUGAGACUUUGGGGGAGUUUGAUGAACAACUUGUGGAGUAUUUUUUGGACAAGGCCGAGGGCGAUUAUAUGCAAAUUCCAGCCGAUUUGCUACAUGAAUCUAUUCGAAAAGCCACUAUCAACCAAUUUGCUGUGCCAGUGCUAUGUGGUUCUGCUUUUAAGAAUAUUGGUGUUCAACCAAUACUCGACGCAGUGACGCGGUAUUUGCCGUCACCAUUCGAAGCCCAUCAACCAGAUACUAAUAUACCCGUGAUUUUCACCCAGGACAAGAACAAUGGCAUCGUAGUCAAUGGGAACAAAAACUUGUGUCUUGCGUUUGCAUUCAAAGUGGUUUCGGACCCAAUUAGAGGUUUGAUGACCUACGUGAGGGUUUAUUCGGGCAAAUUGAACAGUGGUAGCACUAUUCACAACUCUUCUACAGGAGAAACGUUCAAAAUCGGCAAUUUACUCAUAAUGCAUGCAAAUGUUACCGAGGAUGUCAAACAACUCGAGGCUGGUGAAAUUGGUGUGCUUUAUGGCGCUUCUGUUGAAAAGAAGGUCAAGACAGGCGACACUCUGAUAUCUCAUGCCGGUAAAAAAACCGGAUUGCGAUCUUUGAACAAGCAAGAAUUAGCAUUGAAAAUUAAUCCAAUCGCGGUACCACCUCCCGUGUUCAGCGUCGCAAUCGAACCUCGCACUCUUGGGAAUAAAAAAGAUAUGGAACAAGCUUUGGAAACCCUGGUCUGUGAGGAUCCCAGUUUACAUGUCACUUUGGAUGAGGAUUCAGGGCAAACUUUACUUAGCGGGAUGGGUGAAUUACAUCUUGAAAUUGCCCAGGAUAGACUCCUAAAUGAUUUAAACGCUAAGGUCAAUGUCGGUAAAGUGAUGGUGUCAUAUAAGGAAACCAUCAAUGAACCCACAAAAUUUGAAACUGCAAGCACGGAAAGCGGAUAUCAUUUCUCCGUGAGUGUUGAACCUUAUGUGGGUCGGAAACAGGAUGCAGCCCUUGAAGAAUGGCAUGAUUUGAAUACGGAUAAUAAUUUUCUUGUAAUUGAGAAAUCAUCUACGCCAGCAGAAUGGCCUUACCAAAUCAGCAAAGAAUCCAUGACUAACGCCAUAAUGUCAAGCUGUAUUGUUGCGUUAAACAGAGGAAGCAAACUUUCGAAUUUCCCACUGCACUCCUGCGUUGUGAGAGUCAAACGAGACUGGCGCAUGCCAAUAGAUGCGACAUCUGCCACUAAUAUUUUAGUCAUGAGCCGGAAACUCAUAGGAAAAUGUUUACAAAACCAUCCGGAGGCCGGAUUCUCUGUUCUUGAACCUAUCAUGGCCAUCACCAUCUCAGCACAACAACAAGACCUUGGAGGGGUAGUGCAAGAUCUCAGUGGCGCCAGAAAAGCAAUAAUAGAUUCUAUCGAGGAAGAAGAUGAGUACAUGGGGGGAACCAAUUUGUCCCUAGAAUUUGAAAAACUUGCAGAAUGUCAAUACUUACCAAAGGACCCGACGUUGAAAAAUGCUAACGUCCAGAACGCGGGUAGCUCGAGUAAAAUUAUAAAGGCGCAUGUACCGUUGAAAGAAAUGGUGUCGUACAUGAGUAAGUUAAGGAGCUUAACGCAAGGCAGAGGCAGUUUUCAUAUGGAAUUUCACGGUAUGAGUAAAGUCACAUCAGAUCGUCUACCCACGAUCCUAGACGACUAA